AUGGCGGGACCUGGAGGCUGGAGGGACAAGGAGGUCACGGAUCUGGGCCACUUGCCAGAUCCAACUGGAAUAUUCUCACUGGACAAAACCAUUGGCCUUGGAACUUACGGCAGAAUCUAUUUGGGACUACAUGAGAAGACUGGUGCAUUUACAGCUGUUAAAGUGAUGAAUGCUCGUAAGACCCCUUUACCGGAAAUAGGAAGGCGAGUGAGAGUGAAUAAGUAUCAAAAGUCUGUUGGAUGGAGAUACAGCGAUGAAGAAGAAGAUCUUAGGACUGAACUCAACCUCCUGAGGAAGUACUCUUUCCACAAAAACAUCGUGUCCUUCUAUGGAGCAUUCUUCAAGUUGAGUCCCCCUGGCCAGAGGCACCAACUUUGGAUGGUCAUGGAGUUAUGUGCAGCAGGCUCAGUCACUGAUGUAGUGAGGAUGACCAGAAAUCAGAGUUUGAAAGAAGACUGGAUUGCUUAUAUCUGCCGAGAAAUCCUUCAGGGCUUAGCUCACCUUCAUGCACACCGAGUCAUUCACCGAGACAUCAAAGGUCAGAAUGUGCUGCUGACUCAUAAUGCUGAAGUAAAACUGGUGGAUUUUGGAGUGAGCGCCCAGGUGAGCAGAACUAAUGGAAGGAGAAAUAGCUUUAUUGGGACACCGUACUGGAUGGCACCUGAGGUGAUCGACUGUGAUGAGGACCCAAGACGCUCCUAUGAUUACAGAAGUGAUGUGUGGUCUGUGGGAAUCACUGCUAUUGAAAUGGCUGAAGGAGCUCCUCCUCUGUGUAAUCUUCAGCCCUUGGAAGCCCUCUUCGUUAUCUUGAGGGAAUCUGCCCCUACAGUCAAAUCCAGUGGAUGGUCUCGCAAAUUCCACAAUUUUAUGGAACAAUGCAUGAUAAAAAAUUUCCUGAUUCGUCCUACUUCGGCAAACAUGCUUCAUCAUCCAUUUGUUCAGAACAUAAAACAUGAACGGCAUGUUGUUGAGUCAUUAACGAAGCAUCUUACUGGGAUCAUUAAGAAAAGACAGAAAAAAGGGAUACCUCUGGUCUUUGAAAGAGAAGAAGCUAUCAAGGAACAGUACACCAUGAGAAGAUUCAGAGGACCUUCUUGUACUCAUGAGCUUCUGAAGUUGCCAACCAGCAGCAGAUGCAGACCACUUAGAGUCCUGCAUGGAGAACCCUCUCAGCCGAGGUGGUUGCCUGAUCGAGAACCACAGGUCCAAGCACUUCAGCAACUCCAGGGAGCAGCCAGGGUGCUUAUGCCACUACAAGCCGUGGACAACACGCCCCGGCUUCUACAGGGGCAGGCUCAGGCACCUCAACGACUACAAGGGGCAGCUCGGGUGUUCAUGCCACUGCAGGCUCAAGUGAAGGCUAAGACCUCUAGGCCCCUCCAGAUGCACCUUAAGGCACCUCCACGACUACGGAAGGUAGCCGGUGUGUUCAUGCCACUACAGGCACAGGGUAAGAUACCCAGGCCUCUGCGGGCCCAGGCCCAGGCCCAGGUACCUAAAGAGCAGCAGGCUCAGGCCCAGGACCAGCCAUCAGAACAGCCCCAAGAUCUGGACCAGGUGCCAGAGGAAUUUCAGGGGCAAGGUCAGGUACCUGAACAACGACAAGGGCAGGGUCAGGCCCCUGGACAACAGCAGAGGCAGAACCAGGUACCUGAACAGAACCUGGAGCCUGAACAGCCAGAGGUACAGGAAGAGGCUUCAGAGACAGAGCCCGAGGCAGAGGAGGAGGAACCCGAGUCACUGCAAGUACAGGCUCUGGUGUUCCUGCCCCUGCUGUCACAGAACCACCACGUGCUUUUGCCACUGCAUUUGGAUACUCAGGUGCUCAUUCCAGUAGAGGAGCAAACCGAAGGAUUAUCUCUGGCACAGGCCUGGGUAUUGGAGCCCUCACAGGCAGUUAGCUCAGUUCAGGCGCUGAUAGAGGGACUAUCGAGGGAUCUACUCCGAGCACCAAAUUCAGAUGAAUUAAGGCCACUCGGUCCACUGCAAACCCUUCUAGAAAACCUGUCAUCAAACGUGUUUUAUUCUCAACCCGAACAGGCUAGGAAGAAAAAAUCAAGAGUUUCUAGUUUAAGGCAGGCUCUGGCGAAAAGACUGUCACCAAAGAGGUUCCGGGCAAAGUCAUCACGGAGACCUGAAGAGCUGGAACUCUCGGAUUUUGAAGCCCACAGGCAAAGGCGCCAGCGCAGAUGGGAAGAAAUCUUUAAUCAGCAUGAGGAGGAUGUGAGACCAGUUGAAAAUGACAAAGAAGAUGAGUCAUCAGACAACGAUGAUGAAGUAUUUCAUUCCAUUCAGGCCGAAGUCCAGAUAGAACCAUCACAGCCAUGCAUUCCAAAUCCUAAUGGAGAUGAGGUUCAAGAGGGAUCUAUUGCUAUGCCUUGCAACCAGGAUCGUGCACAUCAUGUCACAUUUUCCUCAAGCGUUCCUCAGCGGUCUCGUUUGGGACAAGCUCCGAAGCCCAUUGAUAUCAGACAAAGAAGGUGUUUGCAAAAUCCUCGGAAUGGCCCAGCAGCAACAGAAUCUUCUUCUGAAGAAGAGAGUCCUGUGCCGAGGAGGAGGUCCCAGUCAUCACCACCUUAUUCUACUAUUGAUCAGAAUUUGCUGAUUGACAUCCAUGUUCCAGAUGGAUUUAAAGUAGGAAAAAUAUCACCCCCCGUAUACUUGACAAAUGAAUGGGUGGGCUAUAAUGCACUCUCUGAAAUCUUCCGGAAUGAUUGGUUAACUCCUGCACCUGUCGUUCAGCCACCUGAAGAGGAUGGUGAUUAUGUUGAGCUCUAUGAUGCUGGUGCUGAUACUGAUGGUGAUUCUAAUGAUGCUUUUGAAGAUACCUUUGACCAUGCCAAUGGCAAUGAUGACUUGGAUAACCAAUUUUAUCAGGAUGAUGAUGUCUAUAAAGACUAUGAUGAUAAUGACAAUGAUGAUUCUUUUUAUGACACAGAAAAUAAUCGUGAUGUGCCUAACUGGCCAAGGGCAAGCUAUCGCAGAGAUGGAAGCUACAAGCAAGAUGGUAGUGAUGGAAGAGAAGUCUACAGAAGCUACAAAAGAAGCUACAAAAGCUACAGUAGACACUAUGGAGGAAGUGCAGCCAGUGGGGCCAGUAUGGCCACUGGAGACCAGGAAGGAUAUGAAGCCAAUAUAGGCAGUGGAAGAAACAGCAGGGAUAAUGCAGGUCAGGGAGUCAGUGGGACCAAUGAAAAUGAUGGAGCACUUGAACUAAGUGGAAGAGAAAAUCGCUCAGGGAGACGUGGUCCAAGACUGGAGAGACUUGUGUCCCUGGACUUUGAACAUCAACAGGAGGAACCAGGCCAUGGAAGUGAAAUUUCAAACGUCAUUGCCUCAGGUGCUGCAUCCCCAGCACCUGAUGAUGAGAGUGACAAUAGGUACAUAGGGGAAUCAUCAUCAACACCAUCAGAUUUUUCCGCUGCCUGCUCUUCUCCUUCCACCGGUUUCAGGAGGUCUGCUGAUGAUGACGUUGACAGUGCCAUCUUAUAUGCUGGAUUUGUGGAAGUGCCUGAGGAAUCUCCUGAUCAACCUUUUGAAGUCAAUGUUAACCCACUUUGUGCCUCUUCUGCAUAUAAAAAACCACUAAUCCACAUGUAUGAAAAGGAAUUCACUUCUGAAAUCUGCUGUGGCUCUCUGUGGGGAGUCAAUUUGCUGUUGGGAACCCGAUCUAAUCUGUACCUGAUGGACAGAAGUGGAAAGGCAGAGAUUACUAAACUUAUAAAGAGAAGGCCAUUCCGCCAGAUUCAAGUCGUGGAGUCACUCAAUUUGCUGAUUACCAUCUCAGGCCGUAAGAACAGACUUCGGGUGUAUCAUCUGACCUGGCUGAGAAACAAGAUUUUGAAUAAUGAUCCAGGAAGCAAAAGAAGGCAAGAGGAAAUGCUGAAGACAGAGGACGCCUGCAAAGCUAUUGAUAAGUUGACAGGCUGUGAACACUUCAGUGUCCUCCAACAUGAAGAAACGACCUAUAUUGCAGUUGCUUUGAAAUCAUCAAUUCACCUUUAUGCAUGGGCACCAAAGUCCUUUGAUGAAAGCACUGCUAUCAAAGUGAUUUGCAUUGAUCAAUCAGCAGACUCCGAAGGAGACUACAUGUCCUAUGAAGCCUAUAUACGAAUACUGGCAAAAAUACAGGCCGCUGAUCCAGCGAACCGGUUUAAGAGACCAGAUGAGCUCCUUCAUUUGCUGAAGCUCAAGGUAUUUCCAACACUUGGUCAUAAGCCAGUGACAGUUGACCUGGCUAUUGGUUCUGAAAAAAGACUGAAGAUUUUCUUCAGCUCCUCAACUGGAUAUCACAGCAUCGAUGCAGAAUCUGAGGUUAUGUCUGAUGUGACCCUGCCGAAUAACCCCCUGGAAAUCAUUGUAUCACAGAAUAUCAUCAUUUUACCUGAUGGCUUGGGAAUUGGCAUGAUGCUUACCUUCAAUGCGGAAGCCCUGUCUGCAGAAGAAAAUGAACAACUCUUCAAGAAGAUCCUUGACGUGUGGAAAGACAUACCAUCUUCCAUAGCUUUGGAGUGUUCACAGAGAACUACAGGAUGGGGCCAAAUGGCCAUUGAAGCGCGCUCAUUGCAGCCAAGAGUUCUGGAAAGUGAGCUGAAACGCAGGUCAAUUAAGAAGCUGAGAUUCCUGUGUAGCAGAGGUGACAAGGUGUUCUUUACCUCUAUCCUGCGUAAUCGCCACAGCCGCGUUUACUUCAUGACUCUUGGAGAACUUGAAGAACUCCAAAGCAAUCCUGGUGAUUAA